AGAUUAGCACUAUGAUGCAACAAGAGGAGGGAACGCAGGAGGCGCUGCGCGUGCUAGGACGAAACCCGUUCGAGGGCAUCACCACCAAGACGCGCCUGCGACAACUGCUGCAGACCCACCAAGGGCGUGACAAGGUGUUCAAGGUGGCACAGUACCUCAUCCGCAUCAGGCUGUGGUGGAACUCGGUAGAUUUCAACGUCAACUACAUGCCCGGUGAGGAGUUCUCUCGCCUGGAGAAAAACCUCAUGACAAUUAUCAACAGUCGUCGUAUGUUCCGAUUGGGCCGUUUCUUUGGUGAGUUUGUGCGGAUGCGCGUCACGCUGAUCAAGGCCUCGGAGCUCGUGUACAUCCCCGUCAGCGGCGGCCAGUGGAUUGCCCUCUUCAUUCAGUGCCAGAUGAUUUUAGACAUGAUCGCUCGUAGCCUCCUCUUUGUUAAAUCGCUCUUUGAGGACGUCGCGUUCCUUGUGCAAAAAGGUUUCUUUCAUAGCAAUGUGGCGGGCCGACUGAUUUACAUCGCCACCCGCUGCGGCCUUCCCGUGCUCACCAUUGAUCUUUUCCUCAACACGCUGCGCCUCUAUCAAGGCAUUCUCGACGCCUCCGACCCGGAGCCAACACGGGAGAUUAUGUUCUCCAAGGACAACUUCUCGCUGCUGUCCAAGUACGAUCGCGUGGACAAGCUACGCCGCAAGUUAGCGUCCACCACGGACGAGAAAGAAAAGCUCAAGGAGGCGCUGAAGGCGCAGCAGGUUGGAGUGGAUGGGGCGAGUAACCAGAACAACGUCUACGUCACGUCCUACGCGGAGCUGCUGUGGACCGACUUUGAGCUUCAUUGGAUUUGUGUCACGGAGACAAAGCUGCUGCUGGACAUCUUUGUGGCCUUAUCAAAUUUGAGAGAGUGGAAGCUUCAGGGAGCCGUGAGUACGGCGGGUCUUCUAUCGGGAUUCUGUUCGGUGUACCGUGUUUGGACGUACGGCCGCUAA